AUGGCAGCAGCUGCUCUUCAGGGCAAGUCCGCUGCUGCUGAAGCAGGGGACAACUCCUCUGCGGCUGCAGCAGGUGAGGCGCCAGCUGCAGCAGCAGCAGGUGCUGCUGCUGCUCCAGCAGCAGCAGCAGCAACGCCUUCACGAGAAGCAGAAGCUCAACUCGUCGAGUCGCCGGCACCGCCGGUUGCAUCCGCAGCAGCGGAAGCAGCAGCAGCAGUUCCUGCUGCUGCUGCACCAGCAGCAAGUUUCUUACCUGCUGCAACAGCAGCGCCGAGAAGCGCCGAAAGUCCGACAGCAGCAGCAGCAGCAGCAGCAGAUGCUCCAGCCGCGACAGAGGAGCAGCAAAGCGCUGCUGCAGCAGCUGUGGCGCUUGCAGGAGAGCUGAAGUUGCCGCUGGUAAGCAAUCACCAGCAGCAGCAACAGCAGCAGCAGCAGCAGCAGCGACAGCAGCAGCAGGGGAAGUAUGACAAGUAG